UUAGAACACAUCUCCAUCCAGUCAGAGAAGUUAAAUUCUGAACCUUUAAGUCUCUGGUUCUUCAGAUGUCUCGGUUUCUGGACAUGAAGGAGUUUGGAGAAGCUGCUCGCUACCUUCGGCUCACCAACCUGGAGCAUCUGGCCGCCAAAGCCCAGGCCUUCGAUGGUACCAAGAGGAUCUGGAUGCCGGACGACGUUGAGGCGUACACCGAGGUGGAGGUUAGAGAGCUGAACGGAGACAAGACCACUGUGGAGACCAAGGAUGGACGGUUCCUGAUAGUGAAAGAAGACGACCUGCAGCCCAUGAACCCUCCAAAGUUCGACAUGAUGGAGGACAUGGCGAUGCUGACUCACCUGAACGAAGCGUCGGUGCUCUUCAACCUGAGGAGGAGAUACAGCAUGUGGAUGAUCUAUACCUACUCCGGUUUGUUCUGCGUGACGGUGAAUCCCUACAAAUGGCUGCCGGUCUACUCUGCUGAGGUGGUGGCGGCCUACAAGGGGAGGCGUCGCACCGAUACGCCGCCUCACAUCUACGCCGUGGCCGACAACGCCUACACCGACCUGCUGCAGAAUCGAGAGAACCAGUCGAUGCUCAUCACCGGUGAAUCUGGAGCAGGGAAAACGGUCAACACUAAGCGAGUGAUCCAGUAUUUCGCCAUCGUCGCAGCUCUGGGAGACACCGUGAAGAAAGGAGGUUCUCUGGAGGAUCAGAUCAUUGAGGCUAAUCCAGCCAUGGAGGCUUUUGGAAAUGCUAAAACCAUCCGCAACGACAACUCGUCUCGCUUUGGAAAGUUCAUCAGGAUCCACUUCGGUCCGACGGGGAAACUGGCGUCGGCCGACAUCGAAAUCUAUCUUCUAGAAAAGUCCAGAGUUGUUUUCCAGCAGCCUGGAGAGAGAAGUUACCACAUCUACUACCAGAUCCUGUCCAAUCACAAGCCAGAGCUGCAAGACAUGCUGCUGGUCACCACCAAUCCCUUCGACUACCACUUCUGCUCUCAGGGCGUCACCACGGUGGAGGGGAUCAGCGACGGAGACGAACUCAAGCUCACCGAUCACGCCAUGGACACGCUGGGCUUCACGCCUGAGGAGAAGUACGGCUGCUACAAGAUCAUUGGAGCCAUAAUGCACUUUGGAAACAUGAAGUUCAAGAAGAAGCAGCGAGAAGAGCAGGCCGAGGCCGACGGCACCGAGAGUGUGGAUAAGGCAGCGUACCUGAUGGGCAUCAGCUCUGCCGACCUGCUCAAAGGCCUCCUGAACCCCCGAGUCAAAGUGGGAAACGAGUUCAUAGUUAAAGGACAGACUGUAGAACAGGUGAACUACGCUGUUGCCGCUCUGGCCAAAGCUACUUAUGACCGGAUGUUCAAGUGGCUGGUCGGUCGCAUCAACCUGUCGUUGUACACAGCGCUGCCUCGCCAAUACUUCAUCGGAGUCCUCGACAUCGCCGGCUUCGAGAUCUUUGAGUUUAACAACUUUGAACAGCUCUGCAUCAACUACACCAAUGAGAAGCUGCAGCAGUACUUUAACCACCACAUGUUCAUCCUGGAGCAGGAGGAGUACAAGACCGAGGGCAUCGAGUGGACCUUCAUAGACUUUGGUCUGGACCUGCAGGCCUGCAUAGACCUCAUCGAGAAGCCGAUGGGGAUUCUGUCCAUCAUGGAGGAGGAGUGCAUGUUCCCGAAGGCCACGGACCUCAGCUUCAAAACCAAACUUUACGACAACCAUCUGGGAAAGUCGCCCAACUUCCAGCGACCGCGACCGGACAAGAAACGCAAAUACGAGACUCACUUCGAGGUGGUUCACUACGCCGGAGUGGUUCCGUACAACAUCACCGGCUGGCUGGACAAGAACAGAGAUCCUCUGAAUGAGAUGGUGGUGGUUCUGUUCCAGAAGUCCUCCAACAAGCUGAUGGCCGGACUGUUUGAGAACUACAUCAGCUCAGAGAUGGCCAGCGAUCCGAAGGCCGAAACUAAACACAGGAAGCGGAAAGGAGCUUCUUUCCAAACAGUUUCACAGCUGCACAAGGAGAACCUGAACAAACUGAUGGCCAACCUCCGCAGCACUCAGCCUCACUUUGUUCGCUGCAUCAUCCCCAACGAAGGCAAGACUCCAGGUGUGAUGGAUCCCUUCCUGGUUCUCCACCAGCUGAGGUGUAACGGAGUCCUGGAGGGGAUUAGGAUCUGCAGGAAGGGUUUUCCAAACCGGAUCCUCUAUGCGGAGUUCAAACAGCGUUAUCGCAUCCUGAAUCCGUCUGCGAUCCCAGAGGACUCGUUCAUGGACAGCAGGAAGGCCGUGGAGAAGCUACUGGGUUCUCUGGACAUCGAUCACACUCAGUACAAGUUCGGACACACCAAGGUGUUCUUCAAGGCUGGUCUGCUGGGCCAGCUGGAGGACUUGAGGGACAACCGCCUGUCCCAGAUCCUCACCACGGUCCAGGCCAUGUGCAGAGGGAAGCUGAUGAGGAUGGAGAGAGAGAAGAUCAUGUUGCAAAGGGACGCUGUGAUGGUGAUCCAGUUCAACCUCCGGGCGUUCUUCUCGGUGAGGACCUGGUCGUGGAUGAGACUGUUCUACAGGCUCCGCCCCCUGCUGAGGAGCGCCCAGGUGGAGAAGGAACUGGCUGCUCUGCAUGAGGACUUCAACAAACUGAAAGAGGCCUUCGAGAGGUCGGAGGUGAAGCGUCGGGAGGCCGAGGAGCGGCAGGUGGUCCUGGUUCAGGAGAAGAAUGAUCUGGCUCUGCAGCUCCAAGCUGAGCAGGACAACCUGACAGACGUAGAAGAUCGAUGCAAUCAGCUGAUCCAGUCCAAGAUCUCUCUGGAGUCGAAGCUGAAGGAGACGCAGGAGCGUCUGGAGGACGAGGAGGAGGUGAGCGCCACGCUGACCUCCAAGAAACGGCAGCUGGAGGACGAAGUUUCCUCUCUGAAGAAAGACAUGGACGACCUUGAGAUAACUCUGGCCAAAGUGGAGAAGGACCGACAUGGAGUUGAAAACAAGGUGAAAAACCUGUCGCAGGAGAUGUGUGUUCUGGACGAAUCCAUCGCGGCUCUGAGCAGAGAGAAAGCUGCUCUGAUGGAAGCCCACCAGCAGGUUCUGAACGACCUUCAGGCCCAGGAGGACAAGGUCAACAUGUUGAACAAGGCCAAGACUCGACUGGAGCAGCAGGUCGACAGCGUGGAAACGUCCUUGGAGCAGGAGAAGAAGCUUCGAACUGAUCUGGAACGGACCAAGCGGAAGCUGGAAGGCGAUCUGAAGCUGUCUAUGGACUCAGUGAGGGACCUGGAGAACCAGAAGGAGGAGCUGGAGGAGCGACUGAAGAAGAAAGACUUCGAGUUCGGUCAGCUUCAGUCCAAGAUGGAGGAUGAGCACAGUCUGGUGGCUCAGCUUCAGAAGAAGAUCAAGGAGCUUCAGACUCGUAUCGAGGAGCUGGAGGAGGCUCUGGAGGCUGAACGAGCCUGGAAGUCUAAAGCCGAGCGCCAGAGGAACGACAUCGCCAGAGAGCUGGAGGAGCUGGGAGAGAAGCUGGAGGAGGCUGGAGGAGCUUCAGCUGCUCAGAUCGCUCUGAACAGGAAGCGAGAGGCGGACUUCCUGAAGAUGCGGCGGGAGCUGGAGGAGGUGGGGCUUCACCACGAGGCGACGGCCGCCACUCUGAGGAAGAAGCACUCGGACACGGUGGCGGAGCUCAGUGAGCAGAUCGAUGCUCUGCAGAGGACCAAGCAGAAGCUGGAGAAGGAAAAAGCCGAGUUCAGGCAGGAGGCUGACGACCUGGCCACCAAAGUGGAGCAGCUGACCAGAGCGAAGGCAGCCGUGGAGAAGAUGUGCAGGGUUUAUGAAGACCAGCUGAAUGAAAGCAGAACCAGAGGAGAUGAUCUACAGAGACAACUGACUGAAGUCUCUGCUCAGAAAGCUCAAGCGCUCACAGAGACCGCUGAGAACAGCCGCCGUCUGGAGGAACGGGACGCUAUGAUUGGUCAGCUGCAGCGGUCCAAGGCGGGAGUUUGCCAGAACUCUGAGGACCUGAAGAGGCAGCUGGAGGAGGAGAGCAAAGCUCGUGUUGCGUUGGCUCACGCUGUUCAGGCGUCGCGUCAUGACUGCAGUUUGCUCAGAGAGCAGCUGGAAGAGGAACAGGAGGUGAAGGCUGAACUGCAGAGGGCGCUGUCCACCGCCAACAGCCAGUUGGUCCAGUGGAGGACCAAGUACGAGACCGACGCCGUGCUGAGGAUAGAGGAGCUGGAGGAGGCAAAGAAGAAGCUGGUCAUUAAACUGCACAACGCUGAAGAAGCCAUGGAGGCAUCUCAGGCUAAAAACUCCUCUCUGGAGAAGACCAAGCAGCGUCUGCAGACUGAGAUCGAUGAUCUGGUGGUGGAGCUGGAGAGGUCCAACGCUGCUGUUCUGGUUCUGGACAAGAGGCAGCGCAACUUUGACACGUUGCUGAGCGACUGGAAGUUGAAGUUUGAGGACAGCCAGACGGAGCUGGAGGUGUCGCAGAAAGAGUCUCGCAGUCUGAGCACGGAGCUCUUUAAGCUGAAGAACUGCUACGAAGAAGCUCUGGACCAUCUGGAGACGGUCAAACGAGAGAACAGGAACCUCCAAGAGGAGAUCCUGGACCUGACAGACCAGAUCAGUCAGGGAGGGAAGACCAUCCACGAACUGGAGAGGAUGAAGAAGAUCCUGGACGUGGAGAAAAGCGACAUCAAAUCUGCUCUGGAGGAAGCAGAGGGAACCUUGGAGCACGAGGAGAGCAAGACGUUGAGGUUCCAGAUGGAGCUGCAGCAGAUCAGGGCCGAGAUCGAACGCAAGAUCUCAGAGAAAGAUGAAGAAAUCGACAACCUCAGGCGGGGCCACCAGCGCUCCCUGGAGGCCAUGCAGGCCAGUCUGGAGGCGGAGGUUCGUAGUCGCAGCGAGGCGGUUCGUCUGAGGAAGAAGAUGGAGUCGGACCUGAACGAGAUGGAGGUCCAGCUGGUUCACGCCAACCGUCAGGCAGCCGAGAGCCAGAGGGUCAUCAGACACCUGCAGACACAGGUUAAAGAGCAGCAGGUGGACCUGGAGGACAAAGUCCAGCUGACCAAUCAGCUGCAAGAACAGAUCGUCCUGCUGGAACGACGCUGUUUGCUGAUGACGGCGGAGGAGGAGGAGCUUCGCAGUGUCCUGGAACAAACCGACCGCGUCCGCAAGGUGGCCGAACACGAGCUGGUGGAGGUGGCUGAGAGAGUCAACCUGCUGACCUCACAGAAUGCAGGUCUGGUGAACCAUAAGAGGAAGCUGGAGGCAGAUGUUUCUCUGCUGACCGGGGAGGUGGAUGAAGCUCUGCAGGAGAGUCGCAGCGCCGAGGAGAAAGCCAAGAAGGCCAUCACCGACGCGGCUGUGAUGGCUGAGGAGCUGAAGAAGGAGCAGGACAGCAGCAACAUGCUAGAGAGGAUGAAGAAGAACAUGGAGUCUACAGUGAAAGAACUUCAGGUGAAGCUGGAUGAGACAGAGCAGAUGACUCUGAAGGGUGGAAAGAAACAGCUUCAUAAACUGGAGACAAGAGUGAGGGAGCUGCAGAUGGAGCUGAUGAUGGAGCAGAAGAAGAGUGAAGAAUACCAGAAAGGAGUCCGACGCUACGAGAGGAGAGUCAAAGAGCUGAUGUACCAGUCGGAGGAGGACAGGAAGACUCUGCUGAGGAUGCAGGAGCUCAUCGAGAAGCUGCAGACCAAAGUCAAGAGCUACAAGAGACAAGCUGAGACCGCUGAGGAGCAGGUGAGCUGCAGCGCCAUUCGUUUCCGGAAGGUCCAACACGAGCUGGAUGAUGCGGAGGAGAGAGCCGACAUCGCCGAGACGACAGUCAACAAGCUCCGGAUUCGAACCCGUGAACAAAGCAUGAAGGUCGCCACGAUCACAGAAUGAAGCUCUGCUGCAUCUUCAGACGCCUCCAGUGUUUGCUGUGUGUGACUGCUGUGGUUUUAGUGUUUCUGCUGUAGAGUUCAGGAUCGUAGACGCUUCAACCUGCAUUUAUCUCUGCGUUUCUUGACUAUGAAGCUUGGUGAAAAGGUUUGUAGAGGAAGUGUGGUAGGAUGGAGAGCAUAGCAGAGCUGAUCUGGACGCAGCAGUCUGGUAGUUGGGUUAGUCAUCUUAGCAGUGGAAGACGUGAACUGUAACAGAAUUUCUGGAUCAUCAAAUUGAACUCAAGACUUUUAAUAACUUUUGGGAUCCUUUUUGCUCUGACUCUAUUCUCCAUCAGAUUUGAUAAACAAAACAUACUGUACAGACAAGUAGAUGAUACAUUAACUUCACGUGGACCUUCAUGGAUCUUCUUGUUGUUGUCUGCGAUGGAGGAAACUAAUUUCAGACCUGCAGAAACCCUGAAAACUAAACCGUGUGCAACUAACUUUGGCAGUUAUUUGUUUGACAGGAGCUAAUGUAAGCAAACAAGAGCUAAGAGGAGUUAACGGAAGACAACAAGAGCUAACGAAAAUUAACAGGAGCUAAUGGAAGCUAACAUGAGCUUAAAAAGCUAAUGGCAGCUAACAGGAGCUAAAAAAAGCUAACGAAAGCUAACAGAAGCUAAAAGGAGCUAACGUAAGCUAACAAGACCUAAAACAGGGGUCGGCAACCUUUAACACUCAAAGAGCCAUUUCGACCCGUUUCCCACAGAAAAGAAAACACCGGGAGCCACAAAAUCCUUUUGGCAUUUAAAAUGAAGACGACGCUGCAUAUAUCACUUUUUUACCUCUAUACCUUUGUUAAUCAGUCGUGAUGAAUUAAUUACAAAGCCUCUAAUUAGAUAGAUUCAUUUUUUUAAUUGUGUCCUUCCACUAAUAUUUAUCUUACCUGGUUAAUGUCAUUUUUGCUCCUGGACCUCAUAUGUUACGUAAUGUUAGCUGGAAAUCAAUAUUUUGCGAAUGCCUAUUUAACUUGUAAAAUGUAUUUAUCUAUUUAUCUUAAGCUAGUAACUUUUCUCCAGUAAGUCGCUGCCCUAUUUUCCAAGACGACACUCCUCUGACUCUCUGACCUGCUGCCGUGUUCUUGUGAGUAACGUGUAUUACCCUAUCAUGAGUACUUUUGACUCAAAGACAGACGUGUCUUUCUUGGAGUGGAGCUUUAAUAUACAGGCUUGCCAUUCUUGAGUACAAAACGAUGUGAAACUACAGGCGUUGCUUCUCCAGGAGUAAAACAAAAAAAAAGGCAUGAAACGUGUGGGAAUCGGAAGCUCCGUGUUGUCUUUCUGCUUCAACUCUGCGCUCUCAUGCGGUGGAGUGACACGUCAAAAUAAGAGCGGUAAUUUCACAAUAAAAUUGUCUAUAUUAAAAUGCAUUGAAACGCGCCUGAAAGGCAGAACAAUUUAUUUUCCAAAGUUACAGGGAGCCACAACAGAGGGCUGAAAGAGCAGCAUGCGGCUCCGGAGCCGCGGGUUGCCAACCCCUGACCUAAAAGGACUGUGAUGGAGGAAACUAAAUUCAGUGUUUUUCAGACUUUCAAAAACCUUCAGAAAACCUGAAAUCUGAACUGUGUGUGACAAACUUUGAGAGCUUUGGUAGGUGUUAGCUUGAAAUCCUUAAAGACGACAGUGAUAAAGUGAAAGUAUGAAACCUAGUUCUCAAAGUUAUAUGGUUAUAGCAACCCGGUCUCACGGGGAUUCGUGAAACUGUCACAUAAGUUUUAGUUUCGGUUUCGUGCGCAUCAACACGAUUUCGUCAUGUUUUUCGUGCCGCUCACCACGAAAUGUUUUUCGCUGUGGUAAUCACAUCUGAAAGUGGUUUAUACCGGCGGAUUCAUGACGAUCUAAGCUGUCCAUCGGCGUAUACUGCUUGUGUGAUCGCGUUUGCGGCCGCCGGCCGCCGGACAUUCUUGAAAUUCCUAUGCAAAUUGGUAAGUGUACCACCGGCUUAUGGUUAGGUUAUGGUUAGGUUAUGGUUAGGGUUAUGGUUAGGGACGAUGUCAUGCAAAAUAUAGCGUUGGAUUCGCCACGGUUUUACAUUAAAAAUAUAAUAUACACAUUCUUUUGAAAUACGUUCUGAGUGGCACGAAAAGUCCGCCGUUUAAAAUACAUUGGUGCGCAUUUCGUGGUGAGCGGCACGAAAAACAUGACGAAAUCGUGUUGGUGCGCACGAAACCGAAACUAAAACUUACGUGACAGUUUCACGAAUCCCCGUGAGAUCGGGCUGGUUAUAGUUAUACAGUUAUAUGGUGUUAAAUAUGAAACAUCUACUGUUCUGCUUGUUGUUGCCUUAAGGGUAUUUUUUAGGUGAGAAACAGAAGAACCGUCAGAACGUUCAACAUAAAUUCACCGUGACUACGUUUACAUUAUAUUUAUUUACUUUGAAUCUGAUAGUUUUGUGUGUCGUGUUGAAGGUAGCAGUUGGUACCUUCAGGCUCUCAUGCGAAACACAGAAGUAGCUGAAGACGCAGAUGUUCUCCUCUGGAGGUGGAGGAGGCCAAGGAUGGAGCUAAAACAGAUUAAAGUUGGACAGAAACAUGAAACUGCUGCUUCUCUUUAAUGUGGAAAUAACAUGUUAGCUUUAGCUGCUCUAUGAGCUAACACAACAUCAGAGUUAAUCAAACUCUAAACAUCAGAACAUGGACCUGCAUUCUGACUGUAAAUUACUGACGUGUGGAUUUUACUGUCACUGUUUGACUGUUUUGACUGGAAUCUUCUGUGUUUUAGAAAAUAAAUAAAAAUCUGUUCGACUCA